CCUAGCUAGAGCUACGAACCCAACAGCCCAGCACCAACAGCCUACUAGUACUGGAGCUCCUACCGUGCUAUACCGUAGCCAGUACAUGUAGAGUAACACAGUCCCAAUCGUCAGUUUCAAGAUCAGCUUCCAGUUGCUUUCAAAAGCACAGCUUCAGGUUGCUAUUUUCUAGCUAGCAAGUUGUUGCAUUCCUUCGAAUUCUCUCUAUCAAGUGUGUAAAGUAGGCAGAAGCAGUCAAGAUGACGAAGGCUUUGUUUGAUAUCGAGCGAGGAGAUGCGGAGGCUCCAGCGGCGUCGGACCCAUCGAAGCCAAAGGCCCCUGCCCCUCUUUUUCCCGUGGCACCUUCCGCGGCCACCACGACAAGUUCCAGCGACAGCGCUCCGCCGCCCUUGUUUGCGUUGCCUCCAUCAGCAACAUCGUCUCGUCCAGCUCCGCUCUUUGCGCUGUCUACAACCACCAAGGACACCAGCAACAGCAACAGCAAUCCGCCACCACUGUUUCAAAUCAACACAAACGCCCCUGUUGCUACGCCCAAGACGUCCAGCGCCCCUGCUCCUCUCUUUUCCAUCAGCAAUAACUCCGCAAGCAACCAUGACACAAAGGGGCGCAAAGAGAGUUCCUGUAGUACCAAAUCGGAAAGUGAAGACCAAGAAAUGGGACCUGGCAAGUUGGACGUCCUCAAGAAACACAGCAGUUUCCGCAACGGCAACACGAAAAAGGCCGUCAUGGUGCUUCCUAGCAAUCUCGAAAAGGACCUUGGCAAAAAGAAGCAUAGUGACUAUGACAGUGACGAUGACGGCGACGAUGAUCGGAGCGACGGUGCCGUCAACGAGCUGGCUGCCAAGUCGUCUUCUUCCGACGGCGAUUCGACGCACUCUUCCAAUUCCAUUUCCUCCCUCGCCGAACAGUUGCGCAGUCGCACGGGGUUCAUUGUGGCACUGAUUGUCCUGUUGGGUGUGGGAGCCAGUGCGGCCUUUUUGGCCGUUGGCUUGUCGGGAGCGCAGCGACAGCAGACGGAUCAAUUUCAACGAUCCGCAAAGGACUUGGCCACCAGUAUUCAAACCACAUUUGAACGAUACGUCACGGCCGCCAAUUACGUCCAUCACUAUUGUCGUAAUCGGUCCUUCUCCCGGCAAGAUUUUCGAUCCAUCUACGAGUUGCUCAUUGAAGAUGGACUCGAUUUCAAGGCGGUACAAUUCGAUCCCAAUGUGACACGAGAGGAACGAUUAGAGUACGAAGCCGAAGCACGGGCGUACUAUGCCGAACACUACCCACAUAUUGACUAUCAAGGAUUCAAGGGGUUUGACAAUGGCGUCAAGAAUGGACUGGUGCCGACCAGUGAACGCGAUUUUUACUUCCCGAUUCAUUACAUGGAACCGGUCAUUGGAAACGAAGCAGCCAUUGAUCUGGAUUACUACAGUCACAUUUCUCGUCGCCGAACUCUCAGUCAUUGCUUUGAAUACGCAGAACCCGCCAUUACCGAUCGUCUACUAUUGGUCAAAGACCCCAACGCCAAAAGUCGAUGUGGUAGCCAAGAUGCCGAAUCCUACGGAGUGGUGCUUAUGCAUCCAGGGGUCAACAUCUCGGACCCGAAUGGAGGACAGUGGCCGCGGGAUUUGUCUUCCAUUGUCAUUUGCAUCCCAGCCCUCUUGCUCCGAGCCACACACGAUCAUCCCUCGUCGUCCAAAGUAUACAUUCAUGAUGCUCAUGAUUCCAGUGGAGAAGCAGUCUUCCUGGGGGGUGUAGAAGUCUUUGGCGGUGAAACCGGACAAGGAGAGCUGCAGUAUCUCAACGAAAUUGAAAUUGGAGAUGUCAAGGGACACAUGCAUUAUCAAGAACAUUUGCAACUCACCAACAAGGUCUGGACAAUUACUGUAGUGGCGGCCAGUGAAGUGUACAAACCGACCAUUACCUUUGUCGUUGUGGGAGGAACUCUGGUGUUCUUGGCAAGUGUUUGUUUGGCCCUCUGGGUCUACACAAACACACAACGUCAUUACAAAUUCAAUACCAUGAAGGCCAAAGUGGAAGGAGAAAAGGCGGCGCUCAUCCUAGAAAAUACCCGACAAGCCGCAAGAGCUGAGCGAGAGUUGAACGACUUUAUAGCUCACGAGGUCCGCAACCCUGUAGCUGCCGCCAUGGCAGCCUGUUCCUUUGUCAAGUCGGCAGUCAACGAAAAAGAGCCUCUCGUUGAUCCUCAGAAACGAGCAGAUACGCGUGAAGAUGUGGCCGUGAUCCACAACAGUUUGCAGUUCAUUAACGAUUUGCUUCGCAACAUGUUGGACAUGCACCGGGCUUCUCACAAACAGCUUCAAGUGAACUUUGAGCCAGUUGACUUGUAUCACGACAUUCUACAAUCCACUGCUGGCAUGAUUUAUCAACGCGACUCCAAAAUCAAGGUUAUUGUGGAGUGUGAGCAAAACCUGUUUGUUCAGUCUGACAAUCUCCGUUUGAAACAAGUCAUUUUGAACCUGAGUCGUAAUGCCGUCAAAUUUGUUAAUCACGGGUUCAUCAAACUGCGGGGGUUCGUGGUCGACAACGAAGUCCGGCUGGCUGUGGAGGAUUCUGGGAUUGGUAUUCCGGCGGAAAAACGUGAUUUGUUGUUUGCCAAAUUUCAAGAAUCGCUCGAUCAGCUAUCGCAGGGAACGGGAAUUGGACUGUACCUUUGCAAGAACUUGGUAGAACUCAUGGGAGGGGAGAUUUACCUGAACAAAAGCUACAACUCGGGAGUCCCGGGCAACCCAGGUACCUCCAUUGAGAUCAAUCUGAAGAGACCACCAGUCAGCGGGGAAGACGUGGGUCAUGAUUUAGAGAGUGGCGAUGAGAGUGGCGCUGCAGCGACAUUUGCCUCGUCAAUGUCUAAUUCUCAAGCCUCGCAAGACUUUUCGAAACAGGAACUGCCAGAAACCCUACAAGUCUUGUUCGUUGAUGAUGACAACGUACUGCGAAAACUCUUUGCGAGAUCCGUCAAGAGGGUGGCUCCUGGUUGGACCAUGCGUGAAGCGUCCAAUGGAGAAUCGGCAUUGCAACUGUUGGACCAAGGCUUGAAGUUUGACCUCAUCUUCGUUGAUCAGUACAUGGCCAGCAUUGAGAAGCAGCUGUUGGGGACUGAAACGGUUUUGGAGAUGAGGGCACAAGGCGAAAACUGUCGAUUGUUUGGAUUGUCCGCCAAUGAUCUGGAGGCUGAGUUCAUCGCCGCGGGUGCUGACGGAUUCAUCAUCAAACCUUUCCCCACUGAAAACCAAGCAUUGAAACAGGAACUUCUGAAAGCUGUUUACGGGAAACGAGCUUACUAUGCGAAACGGUAAAUGACCUUGAUGCUUGGUGGUCAGAGUAAUGGGUUGCAGCCGGAUGUCCAGAGAAGCGCGAGGUGUAUGUUAAGCAAAACAGUUCUCCAACGAGCUUGCCACGAAGGAAAUUGCUUCCGCGUAAAUUUGUCGAGUCGAAUCCAUUCGAUGAGUUGACUGCCGAGGCAGAAACGAAAUUUUAAGAAGACGGAACGCCACCAACCCCAGGACCCAAGUGUCUCGGACACUUGUGCAACACAACAACCUGCAUGGUUUAAGCCUGCAAAGAAGGCUCUGAGGAGGUUCAGAAACGCCUCAUGUAUAGAAUUAGCUACGGUACUAACUCUUCCUACUUCAUAACUUGACCACACCGAGAUAAAGCGAUUUGUCUGUCCUC